CGUCGUCAGUGGCACUCCUCAUCAUCACCCGAAGCCCAUCCUUUGGCCCUCACGACGAUGGCACUCAAGAUUCUUCUCUCGGGCCUCCUCCUGCUGGUGGCCACGAACCGUGUUGUCCUCAGCCAGGUGGAACUGACACCGUCCUCUACUGCUGAUCCUUCAACGGUGGGGCUGGAAAUGACACCGUCCUCUACUGCUGAUCCUCCGACGAGUGAGUCCGGUGAGUUUGAAGUGGUCGAACGAUUUCUAGGCACCAAGGCCAUGCACCGAUGCGUCAGAACGCCACGGAAAUGCUCAAACAAAGGAGGUUUCUGUCUCAAUCUCGCUCUCCCCUGCAGAGGAAGAAUGGACAAGCAUUUAUGCAACAACAGACACUGCGGGUGCUGCAUGAACAACAAACGAAACACAUGAAACGACAAAACGGUGUAAGAAAGCAGGGGGUACCUGCGUCAGCGUGAAUAACACUUGCAACGGACGUACUGACAAAAGCCUCUGCUUCAACAAAAAGUGCACGUGUUGCAUUCCUCGUUAACUAUUUUUUUUCCUUUUUUUCUUCUUUUUUUUUGUCUUCUAAUUUUAGAUAGACUGGAAUAAACUGCAAUUACUCA